AUGGAUACCUCAUCCAAUCCGCAAUUAAAAAGGAAGAGAUAUGAACCUCCUGAAGAGCAUCAUGAGGUUAAAGAAGUCCAUAAGGCUUCCAAGAGGGCCAAAAUUUUUGAGACGCAAAAAGUUAUCAAGCGUCUGAAAGGCCUUCGCAAAAAAGACGAAUCCAACAAGGCCAUUGCAGAUUUCGAAGCAGAGUUAACUUCACUGAAGGAAGUCCACCACGACGCCAUUGGAAACUCUGCUCUCCGAUCCAAAGUUCUCAAGGAUCAUGCCCUUCGCGACAACGAAGACGUUAAAGCUGCCAUGACAAAAGAACUUGAGAGCAACCUCAUCACUCCCGCGACGCCUGGAACGACUCUCGCCAAAAUUCAAAGCCGUCUACUAAGCUCAAAAAUCCUAGCUCAGCAGAUCACAGCAACAAUAACUUCUCUGAAAUACCUACUCGAUCCUGCUCUCAAACAACGCGUGAAAGGCGGGGACUCUGAAGGUCUGCCCUCCACAACUGUCGACCCUGACUCCGAACGUCCGUCAAAAAUUCGCAAGGAAUCAUCUGCUUCUGAUGCCGUGAAGACGAAAGUGAAAGCUGAAAAGGUCAAAGCUGCUGCCGUUGAUAGUGACCGUGAAGAAUUUUCAGAUUCAGAAGAGGUUGAUGAAGCUGGGUGGGAGUCUGGGACAGUAGACGGAGAUGGUGGUGGUGGCAGAGGCGACGACGACGGCUGGGAGUCAGGCUCAAUUGAUGGCGGGGACGGUGCAGCGGUCAAUAAUGAUAGCUCCGACGAAGAUGACAGUUCCGAAGAGGGUUCUGAAUCCGAAAGCGAAAGCGACGAUGAGCUAACCGUCAAGAAGCUAGACUCUAAACCAAAAGCGCCCACUGCAAAAUCGGCGAAAUCGGCCACGUCCACGACAAAAAUGGAAUCGACUUUUUUACCCUCGCUUUCCGUGGGCUUCGUACGAGGUUCUGAUGAUUCGGAUUUCAGUGAAGGAGAGGAUAAAUCGGGCGGUGCUCCUAAGAAAAAUAGACGUGGUCAGCGAGCUCGCAGGCUUAUCUGGGAAAAGAAGUUUGGCAAGAACGCGAACCACAAGAAAAAAGAGAUGGAAGCGAGCGCUAUGGCCGCUGCAACGGCACCCCGAAAUAAGGGUCACACGAGCAAAGUAAAUACGGGGUCGAACGCCAUUGCUUCGCGUCAGUUCAACGAUGCCGGUUCCAAGAACGCACCGCCAAGAAGCAAAGGUACCCAGCAACAUCAUCAACCAGCCGAUGCAGGAUGGGGCGGCCGAACCAACCGCGCAUCAGUUCCAGCUCCAUCUAAAUCUAAUCCUUCUGUAUCAAAGCCUGUACAUAAAAAGGAUGGUGACAAGCCAUUACACCCUUCCUGGGAAGCCAAAAGAAGGCUGAAGGAGAAAGAGAGUGCGGGGAUUGUGGCCAGUCAAGGCACAAAAAUCAAGUUUACAUAG